AAAGUCCAAGUGCGCCGCCCAGAUGAGUGGCCAAAGUUUUGGACAAGUCUGACUCGCUCACAUCGCUGAGUGAAGCCGCAUCCUCCACGCGUGGACUAAAACCCCCGUAGCUUCCCUUUAACUCACCGCCUGUCGCUUUUGAAAGGCCCUCAGAGUUAAUUAACGGACGCAUACAUCUCCAGUAGACUCCCGAAAUUCUGCAUCCACAUCCCUCGAAACAUCAACUGGACACCCAACAUGGAGUUGCUCGGUUUUCUUCUUUGCCUAACUGUCGUUGUCUCAGCCUCACAUCCGACGUGUGAUCCCGUGGAGGUAAGCGGCAAUUCCUGGAUAUACGUGAGGCAGCUGCAACUUGGCUGCUGGACCAGCUUUGUGGGACAGGACAAGGCCGAGGUCCACAUCCUCAAGCUCAACUUUGAUGGCACGGAUUCCAAAAUGUUCUCUCUGGAGAUGGCCGACGCCAAACCCAUGAACCUGAUCAUCACGUCGCAGGACAUGGCCGACGGUCUCUAUAAGAUCAACGCUGACGUCAACAUUUAUAAAAGUAACGCUUCGACACUGGUCCUGUACACCAACGAGAAUCGCAGCAGCAACAUCCACGUCGUCGACUUCCCCAGCGCCGACGGGGAGCUGGUGAAGUGGGCCACCCGCAAGUUCGGCGGUGUCACGUCCUUCACCACGGUGGAAAAUCUUAAAGGGCUGUCCUCCAUAGCCACCGAAGGAACAAAAGGCGGUUCUCGGGAAUGCGUGCUUCACAGCGAGGAUCCGUCAGAGAAGCACUUCAUGAAGAUUGACGCCGCGCCCCUGACGUCUUCAUUCAAGUCAUGCUCCCCGCCGCCGGAGCCGGAGAAACAGCCGCUACGCGGCCCCACCGCCAACAACGAUGACGACACACCGGAGCUUCAUAUCAUCAACAUCCCCGAGGAUGCCAACAUUCGCAACGUGUCAGUUCGCGUGGACACAAAGAAGUCCAGCGUGUUCCUGAGGGGUCCUCAGGGCACCACGUGGACCUUCCUCGACCUACAGCACAGCAAGUUCUGCUCCAACAAUGAGAUUGUGCUGCCUGCCAUGGCCCACAGAAUGAAGCCCACGUUUAAGCUAAGCAGCGACCAGGCCAAGGACGUGCAGAGGGAGGCUCUGGAUUAUUUUAAAGCGGACACUUUCACCAGCUACACGGAAAUGAGGCCCGAGGGCUCCCAGUUGUUGCUGGUGCUUGGUCGAGACCGCCCAGCGGUGACAGAAACCGUAACGGAAGCCGUGCUAUCAACCACGGCUGAGCCUCAUCAGAUGCCUUUUCUAAUGCAACUCUACACAUCGCCUGAUUACCGUUCACCCCUGGACCCCAAUAGCAAGGUGCAGUGCGACAAGAAAAUCUAUGCUGAGAUUUCGGGCCACGCCCUGGGCGACAUUGUCCUGACCAUCAAAGUGAUGAGCUGCUUGGUGCGCUCCAAGGGCUCCUGCCCCAUCGUACAGGAGCUGCGCUUCAUACCGGAGUUCUGUUCCUCGAAUUUAUGCCCCAACAGCACGCGGCUGAGCUUCUCCUUGGAUCAGCUACAGGAGCUGAGCUCCACCACUUGGGACCUGGAAUGUUCCGUCAAACUGUGCUACAGCGAGAAAUGUGGCGAUGGAGGACGAGUGAAAAGGAACUUGGAGGUCACCCAGCCUUGUCAAAAAACACUCAACACUCCCUGCUUUGAUUUUAGCCUCCCCGCAAUCUUGGGCAUCGCCUUUGGAGGCUUCCUGAUAGGAGUCUUACUAAUUGGUGCGCUGUGGUUCAUCAAAAUUAAAACAGGCUACCCGACCGGAUUGGACAUGGCCUCUUCCCUAUCUUCCGGCUGUCCCUGCUCAGGAGCCAAGCAGCAGCCCAUGUCAUCGAACCCUUCCGCCUCGGAAAAUAGCAGCGCUAAUGCGAGCAUCGGAAGCACCCAGAGCACCCCCACCAGCAGCAUGGCGUGAGAUUAGGGUGAGCAGACCACCACUACCGCCAGCAGAGACAGAAUUGCCUGCCCCUCUUAAAGUUAGUUAUGGGUUUAGUUUAUUUCAUUUUUUUCCCCAUGAAGCCCCCUAGCCCACCAUCGCCACUUUUUUUUCCUAACAAUUAAAACUCAUCAUAUUUGACAUACAAGCCUGGAAUUGAUGCAAUCGCGCUGUUUGUAUUGUCGGCCGGCGGCGGUGUCUAAUGGAUGGCGUGUGACGCUCACCUCUGCGGUCGCCCUUUAAAGUGCUGCUUCCAGACAGGAAGUUAAAGAGGGCAAGAGGAAAAGAAAAACAAAUUGGCUCCAAGCAACAGGAAAAACAAUCCCUGUCCCCCCCUGAGAGCCAGCAGGAAAUUCACCGCAUUCCUCCGCCAAUUGUGACGGUUGCGUUCGCCAGCGCAAUCAAAGUCAGGACGGCGGAAGAUGAAGCUAAACGACAGACUUGGAAAAAGGCUAGCUGGUUGCGUACAAACGGUUAGCGAAACCCUGAAACAGGUAUCUGUCUCCAGAUUUCCCCUCACCGUUUACAUAUUCAAUGCUAAUGACCACGGACACUUCCUAGAUGGGAGAUGAAGUGAAAAGACCAACAUUGGAGAUAAAAAAAGAAAAGUAUUUGUUCUACCUGCAUCUUAUUGGUUAGCGUUACUUCCAACGUGUGUCUAUAGUCGGCUGUUACAACGAAUUUGUUGCUAAUUAUUUUGCUGUCACGCUAUUAUAUUUGCUCAUCAUGAGAUGGGGGGAUGAAACGACCAACUUAUAAAUAUGUUAUUCUACUGUGUCUAAACAGUUAGCCAAAUAUUCAAAAUGCUCCCUGAAUUAGUUGUGUCCACGUUUCCCAUCACACUUCACAACAAAUUUGGCACUCACCGCAAACAGAUCUUACAUGAGCUAUUUGCGAGAAAAUGAAGCGAAAAGACAAACAUGGAAAAAUAUCUAGCCGGCUGCGUCCAAACGGUUAGCGAAAGGUCUUCAACACUACCUGAAAAAGGGACAUGCCUCCAUAGUUCCCUUUGUCAAAUUUGCCAUGAAGUACAACCUUAUAUUUGCCAAUGAUGAGACAAAAUACUAUCGCUAGCUGUAUCCAAUAAUUUAGCAAAACGUCAUCGUAACAUCAGUCUCCAUAUUUCCCGCCUUCCUUUACAAUCCAUUUGACGCCAACGGCUAGCAGCUCUUGUAUUAGCUUAUCGGGAGACAAGCAAUGUAGUGUCAUGACCGAUUUGAAACAAAUGAAAUAGCUGCAUCUAAACAGAUAGCAAAACAUCUAAAAACAAUUGCUGACAGACAUGGAAAAAAAAGUGUUGUCGGACUAGCCGUGUUCAAAUGGUUGGCAAAAAAAUCUAAAACACUUCCUGAAGGACACACACAUAUUUCCUGUUGCCCUUAAUAACCGAUUUGAUGCUAACUGCAAACAGCUCUUGUUAGCCUAUUAGCCUUUCCGGAGAUGGGAGAUGAAGCGAAAAGGCAGAUGUGAAAAAGAGAAAACAAAAAACAAACAACUUAAUCUUGCUAAAACUAUUCCUUGAAGAGAGGUAACACUGUCUCCAUAUUUCCCGUCGCCAUCACGAACAACUCUGAUAUGAGCUUUUCUUGCCCAAAAAAACAACAACAAACAAAAAAAAACAAUCAAGAACCACCCACUGAAGGAUUAUGGACGCUCCAACGGUAGCAAUCUGUUUGACAGCGUUAGCAAAUGUAGCAUUUGUCACUUAGCACAACGUUGUCCCAGCGAGGAGAGAACAUUGAUGUUGCCUCAAAGUCAGCUGCUGGACAGAAGCUGCAAGUCAUAUUGGUGUAGUAUGUUAAACCUCUUUUCUUUCUUUUCUUUUUUUUUUUUUUAACAAUUCCUGUACAGCUGCAAGCAAUGUAAAAGAAAAAGAAAAAAAAUACUAAGUUCGUCGCCUAUUACUGUUACAGUCAUCACACGAUUUUAAUGUAUUAUAUUGUAUUCACAUAAGGGAUGUAAGCAGUAAUUUCCCGCUGGUUUUUAUCAAGAAUCCGCUCUCCCUAAUCUGUAAACUGUACAGUGGUUUCCAUAGCAACACUACAUUGUUGCACUGUUUUCACUCCCUCCCAAAAAAAAGAAACUUUGCUGUUUUUUUCUGAAAAGCAGCAAUUUUUUUUUCUCCCCCCAAAUUUGCAGUCAUACAUGAGAAAGGUCAAAUUUGUCGUUUUGGGGAAAGUUGUUUUGCGGCAAAAUUAAAAAGUCACUUUUUUAUGGAAAAAAAGCUAAUGUCUAAUAAAUCAUAUCUUUGAAGAAUAAGUCGUACUUUUUUCCCCUAAAAAACUCCAAGUGUUGUUUUUUUUUGGGUGGGGGAAGAAAAGGAAAGACAUUGUUUUCCCUACAAAACAGUCUUAGGUGUUGUUCCAGACAACAAAGGUGACUUUUUUUUUUUUUUACUAUUUUAACAGGCAUAUUGCUUGGAUAAUAGUCAUGUUUUUUUUUUUUUUUUUUUUUGGGGUAGAAAAACAAAGAAACGCCAUAUUUGUUGUUGUUCCAAGAAGAGAUCAAGAAGUUUAUUUUCAAGGAAAAUAGUUGCAAACUAAAAAACUUGGACUGUGUCGGUUGGUCGACAUUCUCCUUGUCAUUUAAAUGCGAGUUAUUCAAACCCACCCCUCUUUGUUGCGUGUUUCUGUGCUUGUGUAUGUUUUUCUGUGAACGCGGAUCAGAGACGGCCAGUACAAAUCACCACUUGAGUAUUUGUGCAAUAUUUAGAGGGGCGCCGACGCACCAUCGUCGCUUCAUUUAUUAUUUUUUUUUUUAAUGUUUGAAAAUCAAACUGUUUGAUUUCCUGUCUUCAUUUAAAUUGUUUAUACCAAGCUAAAUUGUGCUGCUGAUGAAUCAUCACAUCCUGUAUCAAUAUGUACCAUAGAAAAAUUGCAGGAUCAAUGUAUCGUUACAAUAUUCCCAACCAUUGUAUGUAAUGUCUAUAUCUUUUUUUUUUUUUUUGUAUAAGUGUAUAAUAACUACUAUUUCCUCCCUCCAUUUUGAAGAAUUGGGACCAGCUCUCAAUGAAGGCACUGACCAAAUGCACAGCAUUUUUUUUUUUUUUUUGUAAAGUUACUUUAUACAUUUGACUUGGCACCCAGACUGAUAAAGCCAACAAAGAAGUGCUCAUUUGUUGAGACUGCAAUUCAUGUACUGUGUAUUAAGUCGUUUGUGAAGCAAUACAUUUUUUUUAACAAAAAUUCCAUGAAUAAAGUGAUUAUGACUUGAA